AAUAACCCUCAAAGUAGACGAUUAUAUUCGUCUUAAUCUUUCUAUUAGUAAUGACAAGAACACGUCUCGUAGCUUAGUACUAGUUGAUUCUGAAUAUUCAACAUAUGAUGGUCAAUCUCCAUAUAUUGAUUCACUCAAUCUUGAUAAUGAAUUAAGAAGUAAUGAACCAUACGGUCUUAUUAAAAGAUUUGCAAUUUUUGGUGGUUCUCCUGAAAAGUCUUUAACCGAAAGGCUCAAAUAUCCUCUAGAGAAAUCUCUGAUCGAAAGGAUGGAAUAUCUAGAAUCUCAGAUUAUGGAUAUUAAAAUUAAAGAUAUUAAACUUAAAGACCAAAAUUUUCUUGAACAUGCUGAACAAAUUACUCCAGUUGAUAUAAAUGAAUGUACUGGGACUGAUACAUAA